UAGCAGGCAGCUGACGAAAAUUCAAUUUACAAUUUCUAACAGAUAUUUGUUUACUGAAAAUAAUUGUUGACAAGCAGCAACACAAUCCAGCCAAAUCUAACUAAAAAAGUACAAAUUUGCUUAAAAUAUAAACCCUAAAAAAACAUAGUAAUGAAUAAUAUAAUUCAAGUGCGUCAGUAUGAGUUGUUUCCAAACAUAACCUCAAAUUUGUUGUCAAUCAUAUGUUCGGAAGGUUUGCAAUCAACGCACAGUAGUCGGUUUUCUUUCGCUUUAUGUUUAACAAGUAUAAUAAUAAUGCCGAACCCUUAUAAAAAAAAAUGUUUUGUACCUGAUUGCAAGUGCAAUAGCAUCGAUGAUCCACAAAAAAUAUUUAUAAGGUUGCCUAUGGGCACCGAAGUGAGGAGGAAAUGGGCCGAAGCCGUUGGAAGAACCGGUAAAGAUACUAAGUUUCAUCCAAACUCUGGCGUAUAUUGUUGUGAAGAUCAUUUUCUAUUUAGCGAAGACGUUGAAAAUUGGGAAGACGUGGUCAGGCUGGGAAAGCGAAUGCGAUUUAGGGAAGGCUUUGUUCCGAGAAAACGAAAAUUGAGCUCAUCAGAGAAUUCACUAGCAAUAAUAGAAAAGCUGCCGAGAGAUGUAGAAAAUUGGAUGGAUGUAAAAUUGCUCGGAAAAAGAAUAAGACUAAGAGAGGGAGUUUUGCCAGUUAAAAGAGACCCAAACUCAAAGUCUUUCAGAUCAUUAUUAAAAAGGCCCAUCAUUCAAACGCCAGAUUCGAAUAAUAUCCAGGAAAUAAAGACCGAGGAAAUACUUAUUUCGUCCGAAGAUGAAUCUGAAGCGAAAAAAAAUAAAUACGUAAAGUACUGUUUUGUGCCCAACUGUAACCAAAAUUCACUCGAAAAUCCGAAUAAAUUAUACCUCCAAUUGCCAAAGGGGAUGGAAAUUCGGAAAAAGUUUGCAGAAGUUCUUGUGGGAAAAGAAAAGAAUAUAGUGUUUCAUGAAAAUUCUGAAGUAUUUUGCUGCACAGAUCAUUUGGAUCUUUUAAAAUCCAUUCACCUUCCAUACACAACACAAAAUUCGGAGAGCCAAGCUAAUCAAGAAAACGAUAAAUCAUUGACCGUCGACAUCGAGGCUGUAUCAGAAGAUACUUUGAAAUUAACACAACUCUUAUGCGAACAGAGUUCAAGCACAGAGUCCUUCGAAGUAAAAUCAGAACCUCUAGAUGAUAUGCAAUCAAUUCAAAAAGAAAAUUCUCAACCAGUUUUAAUAAAAAUUGAACCGGGCAUUUCGGAUUAUGUAAAACUGGAACCAGAGACAGAAGAAAACGUUUCAACUCAAAUUAAUACUGAAUUCAAAUACGAGCAGAUGCAAAUCGUUGAAGAAGAUACAUAUUUUUCAGAAGCAGUCGAAACUCAACGUUCCGAAGAAACAAAAAUCAGUGAAAAUGAAGUUGUAGUUCUUCGAGAUGAUGUUCCUGAACACAGUGAACUGCGUUCCUAUUUACUCACAGAACUUAGCAAGGAAGUGGGUCAACAAUUAGAAACAUCAAUGUCCAACAAUCGCGAUAAUAUUCAGGGCAAUAUUCAAUCCUCGAAGCCAGACCAAAGAAGUAUAGCUACAUCGAUUGAAGUAAAAUAUCUCAGUGAAGAUAUUAAUCGAUCACUUUACCAAGAACGAUCUUCAGAAGUGCUUAAAUUGUUGCGAGAAGCGCAGGAAGGAUCAGGAAAGAGAACAAAAAAACAUGAUGUAUUAAUUGCAAGUUGCAAUUUAGAUUUGACUAAGAAACUCGUAAAGACCUAUCCUCUCAGAUACACUGGCUUACCUCCUACAAUGUUCAAACGCUUCAUGGCGAAUGUAUUUCGAGAUACGAAACUUCCCUACAGUCGUACUCUGCUAGUUCUAUUGAAAAUUCGAGAAAAUCAAUCCUUCGAGCGAUUGGGUGACAAUUUUGGAAUUUCAACUGAAAAGGCAAGGAAAAGGUUUCUUCAAUCUGUCCCAUUGAUAGCUAAUUGUUUAAAAAAAGUCCCCUGGCCCCAAGUUGACACCGAGUCUGAAAUUCCCUUUUCUUUCGACAGUCAGUUUGAAAAUAUAAAAUUCAUUAUCGAUUGUUUGGAAAUCGAGGUAAAGAAAUCAAUGGAUGCCAAACCGAAGCAACUGUUAGCGACUGCAGGAAAACAUUGUGACUCUGUAAAAUAUUUAAUUUCGUACACUAAGAUGGGUUUAAUUAGCUGCGUGUCGAACAAAUAUGAAGGUUCCUUGUCCGACAAAUUUGUUCUGGACAAUUCGGGAUAUCUUUCCCGGUUUAGUUUUACGAAAAAAGCUUUGGCGUUGACGGACAGGCGUUAUCCUGGAAGUGGACACCUAUUUAAUGCGGCAAAUUGUCAGCUUAUAAGAUUAGGAGAAGAAAUUCACAGACUGGAAUGGAUAACGUGUCUAAAAACAUUAUUGGAGUACGUUGAAAAGGUAAUGAAAAGACUAAGGGAAUUUAGGUUCAUUUCGAAACAUGCUUUGCUUAGUCCGGACUUGACUGCUGUAUUAGAUGAUGUGGUAAUUAUUGCGAGCGCUAUUGUCAAUGCGCAGGGUCCGAUUGUACCAAGUGACACAGAACAAAAUUAGAUUUUCAUUGAUCAAAACUCAUCUUCUCUGAUUUGUGAUAUUAGAUUAUUUAUUGUAUAUACUAUUAUACAAUUAGGUUACAAUAUUAUGUUACCAGAUUUCACUGCUUAUUAAAUAUUCUGUAUAAAUAGUGUGAUAAAUUGCGGAUAUUUUUCAAGUG